AAUAACAAGUUAAAUUAUAAAAAACUUAAACCUUUCGAAAUUAUUAAAAAAGUUUUAUUAAUUAAUUUUAAAUUUAAAUUUUUAAAUACGAUACGAUAUUACUUAGUUUUUUAUAUCUUAUUCUUAAAACCGGUAUUUAAAAGCUUAUAUAUUAAAAAUCGUAUUAUUAUCGAACUUAAUAAAUUAAAAUACGAAAUCGAACGAAUUAUUAACUAUCGAACUAAAAAAAAAUAUAAAAAAUACUUUAUUAAAUAA